GCGUUUCCUGUUAUGUCACGUUUGAACCCGUUCGCGGGAGUUGAUGAGGAAGUGACGCCGUGAGCCUCAGAGUCUGGAGUGUUUACAGUGCUAUUCGUGUUGUUUAUACCGUGAAAGUGUUUUUAUUUGUCUUCUCGGGUGAAACAUGGACUGUGUGUCGGGCAGCAGCGCGGCUGUCGCAGAUAAGCCAGUGAAUAGGAUGAAGAUGUGCAGAGCAGAAUACAGAAGUAUCAGCAGGUUCAUAGAGCCGCUGCGUCCCUCACGCCAGUGCAUGGAGACGCUGAAGACACAGUUUCCACAUCUUCCUCCGUCCACUCUUCUGAGCAUCUUCUCCCAGGAGUACCAGAAGAGAAUGAAGCGCAGCAUUAUGAGACAUCACGCUCCUGACGUGGUUAAAGGAUAUUAUCAGAGGUACCGCAGCGAAGCCAAGACGCGUCCUACGGCCCCGCUUCUGCUGGAGCUCGCCAACGAGGUGGACCUUUCGCCAGCUCUCCUGGCCCGUGUGAUCCUGGAGUGUUUUCUGCAAGAGCGCGAGGCUUCAGUCCCAGCAUCCAGACAGGUCCUCAACAACAUGCUGCGCGAGCCGUAUUUAAUUCCUGACCUGCUGUUAGCGAAGCACAUCGAGCAGUGCACAGUAAAUGACUGCUGUUAUGGACCGCUGGUCGACUGCAUCAAACAUGCCAUCGGUCUGGAACAUGAAGACAUUCUACGAGACGAGCUCAGAGAGAGAAACCUGUCCUUUCUAGAUGAGAACCAGCUCCGUGCCAAAGGCUACGACAAAACCCCCGACAUCAUUCUGGAGGUGCCGAUAGCUGUUGAUGGUCAUAUCGUUCACUGGAUCGAGAGCAAAGCUUCAUUUGGAGACGACCACAGCCAUCACGCUUACCUGAACGAGCAGUUCUGGAGCUACUGCAACAGGUUUGGUCCGGGUCUGGUCAUCUACUGGUACGGGUUCAUAGCGGAGCUGGACUGCCAGCAUGAGCGAGGGAUCCUGCUGAAGGACGGCUUCCCCUCAGACAUCGUAACCCUGUGUCAGGGGCCGGCGCGGAGCUGACGGGCGUCACGGGGACAUUUGUUGGUGGGGAGGUGAAUUCGGAAGCAAUUUAGCUUUCCUGCAGUGUGAGACUACUGGCAAACAUCUGCCGUGAACUCCCGGUGAACUCCAGCGGGUCGGGAGAAAAACACUGGCGCCUCAGAUCCUGCAGGUAACGCAGCACUGCCGUACGUCACUUUCAUCUGCCCUCAGACGCUGGCCGGCUCGUGGUCCACUCAGUGUAUGAUGGUGUGUGUUCAGACGUAAUAAAGUUGAGUUCUUCAUUUA